UUGGGGAGCAUUGCUAUAGCAACCGCAAACAGAAAGGCCCUUCAGAGCAAGCUCUGAGAGGCAUUGUGACCUGAACUAUUACACAUCUACAAGCCAUACAAGACAGCUGGAUCACUUCAAAAGGUAAUAUUAAAUUGAGUAGAAGAGGGCAGGUGACAGAAGCAGGUACACAAACAAUCAUGUCGUGGUUCAGCUGGAGCGAGCCCUAUUAUAGGAGCCCACGACGCGAGCCGUCUGAAGUGGUGACAGACACUCUGAUGCUGGAGCUGAGCUGGCAGAUGAGAGAGGCUGAGAGGCUUCACUGUGAGCGGGACAAUGAAUAUAGGAGAGUGAAGAGUGGCGUGGACUACAGCUGGCUCAUGAGCACACCACGCAGCACAUAUGACAUCAGCAAAGGAGAAAGACUGGGCCUUGAAGACCUGUGUAGCAAAGUGCCACCAUCAUACUGUGGAUCUGUAAUACAGAGGUUUCGGCAGGUGCUAUUGGAGAAUGAGCCUGAGGUGCAGGAGGUUUCCGGACUCUUUCGCUCUGUUCUUGUGGAAACACUGGAGCGUGUUCAGGAAGAGCAGGAGGCUCAGCGUCUCAUCCACCAGUGCAACAACAAACGCUCCAUCAGCCUGUCGCUGCUGAGCUUUAAGUCACGUGUGCGGGUCAACCCAUUCAGCGGCACCUUGGGACUGAAAUCCAACAGUAAUGGCUCGGAGGAAGAUGGCGUAGAUGUUAAGACUGUAUGUGGGGAUGUUGAGAAGGGCCUUGGUCUGACAACAGAGAAAGCACAGCGUGUGUGGAGUAUGCCGGAGUUCCGACACAAUGGAAUCAGUGGUAAAGCUUGAGUGUCAGUGUGUGGGACAGUGAAUCCCACCUCCUACAAGUAUAACAAUGGAUCUGUUCCAUUGGAAAGCUGAUAAUCCUAGCAUCUAAUCUAAUCCUAGUGAAAAUCCCAGGAGAUCACCAAUUACAGAAAUACUCAAACCAGCCCGUCUGGCACCAACAAUCAUCCGUGCGAUUAUCUAAUCAGCCAAUCGUGUGGCAGCAGUGCAGUGCAUAAAAUCAUGCAGAUAUGGGUCAGCAGCUUCUGUUAAUGUUCACAUCAACCAUCAGAAUGGGGAAAAAAAUUUGAUCUCAGUGAUUUGGAGCGUGGCAUGAUUGUUGGUGCCAGAUGGGCUGGUUUGAGUAUUUCUGUAACUGCUGAUCUCCUGGGUAUUUCACACACAACAGUCUCUAGAAUUUACUCCGAAUGGUGCCAGUUCAGCAGCAGUUCUGCUGAUGGAAACACAUUGUUGAUGAGAGCUGUCAACAGAGAAUGGCCAGACUGGUUUGAACUGACAAAAUCUACAGUAACUCGGAUAACUGCUCUGUACAAUUGUUAUUAGGCAGGUGGUUGUAAUGUUGUGGCUGAUUGGUGUGUGUGUGUAUAAAAUAUAAUUUCAUUAAUGUACUUUUUUUCAAAAUGGGUUGUCCUUUAUUUGGGGUUGAAAUUUAAUUUGUUAGAUCUUGUUUUGUGGAAACCCCAUUCAUAAUUAUUAAUUUGUAUGAGGGGUGUGUGAGUCACAUCUAGAUGUGUUUUUUCAUGUCUUUUAUUUUCAAGUUUAGUUCCUGUUAUGUCAUGUGAUUUCCUGUUCAUGUGUCUUGUUUUCAUUGGUUCAUUGUUUGAUUACUUUAUCAGUUCUAGUUUGUCAUUGGUUUAAAUUUAUUAGUCUUGUUAUAUUGUUUAUAGUUCUGUCCGUUCAUUGGUUGUCUUGUUACCAAUGUCUGUGUAUUUAAGCCCUCAUGUUUGCCAUUGUUUCUUGUCAAGUGUUAUUAAUGUAACAUUGUUGUGUUGUUCUAACCAAGCCAAGUUUAGUUUAGUUUAUGUCAAGUUUAUAUUGAAGUUUGUUUCACAUUUGUAGUCAGGGUUUUUUGGAUUCCACAAUUGUAAAUAAAACCGCACUUGGGUUCA